AUGGUCGAUGUCUUAGCUACCUUAGCUUCCAUAAUCAAAGUGAACAGACAAGAGGAUGUAAAACCUAUCCAGAUGAGCACUUAUGAGGCCUUAGCCCAUUGUUACAACAUCGAGGAAGAAGAAAGAGAUGAUCACCCUUGGUACCAUGACAUAUUACGAUAUGUAAAGAAUUGUGAAUACCCUGAGCUGGAAACUGAGAAUGAUGAAAGGAUCCUACGAAUGCUGGCCAAUAAAACUUCCAUUGAGGCAACACCUUUCUCAUUGGUUUAUGGAAUAGAGGCAGUCUUGCCCAUUGAAGUCAAGAUUCCUUCUCUCCGAGUUUUAUCAGAGUUGAAUUUAGAUGAAGUAGAAUAG